CCUGUUCUGUUCUGCGUGGCAGAAAUAUUUCUCUUUCUUUCACGGGAGUGCGCCAUAGUUGGCGUAUCGUAGUUUUGAUAGUGCCGAAGAAAAUCUUUAAACAUCCAAAAUGGUGAACUUUACCGUUGACGAAAUCAGGGCCAUGAUGGACAAAAAAAGGAACAUCCGUAACAUGUCCGUCAUUGCCCAUGUAGACCAUGGAAAAUCAACUCUUACCGACUCCCUUGUAUCUAAAGCUGGUAUUAUUGCUGGAGCUAAAGCUGGAGAAACCCGAUUUACUGAUACCAGGAAAGAUGAACAGGAACGUUGUAUUACCAUCAAAUCAACUGCCAUAUCUAUGUUCUUCGAACUUGAAGACAAAGAUAUUGUCUUUAUCAACAACCCCGAUCAACGUGAGAAAGACGAGAAAGGUUUCUUGAUCAACUUGAUCGACUCCCCUGGACACGUUGAUUUCUCCUCUGAAGUAACAGCCGCUCUUCGAGUUACCGAUGGUGCUCUUGUAGUUGUCGAUUGUGUUUCUGGUGUAUGUGUACAAACUGAAACCGUUUUGCGUCAGGCUAUCGCUGAACGUAUCAAGCCCAUUUUGUUCAUGAACAAGAUGGACCGAGCUCUCUUGGAAUUGCAAUUGGAGGCCGAAGAGCUUUUCCAAACCUUCCAACGUAUUGUUGAAAAUGUGAACGUUAUCAUUGCCACCUAUAACGAUGAUGGUGGUCCAAUGGGAGAAGUUAGGGUUGACCCUAGCAAAGGUUCAGUAGGAUUCGGUUCAGGUCUUCACGGUUGGGCCUUCACCUUGAAACAAUUCUCUGAGAUGUAUGCUGAAAAGUUCAAGAUCGACGUCGUUAAGUUGAUGAACAGGUUGUGGGGAGAGAGCUUCUUCAACCCCAAAACAAAGAAAUGGUCCAAACAGAAGGACGACGGUAACAAACGUUCCUUCUGCAUGUACAUCUUAGAUCCCAUAUACAAGAUUUUCGAUUCCAUCAUGAACUACAAGAAAGAAGAAUACGAAGCACUCUUACCCAAAUUGGGUAUUAAUUUGAAACACGAAGACAAGGACAAGGAUGGUAAGCAACUUUUGAAGGUUGUAAUGAGAACUUGGUUGCCAGCUGGUGAAGCUUUGCUUCAGAUGAUUGCCAUCCAUUUGCCUUCACCUGUAACUGCCCAGAAAUACAGAAUGGAAAUGUUGUAUGAAGGACCUUUAGACGACGAAGCUGCCAUUGGAAUCAAAAACUGCGACCCCAACGCACCCCUCAUGAUGUACAUCUCUAAAAUGGUACCGACCUCAGAUAAGGGACGCUUCUACGCUUUCGGUCGUGUCUUCUCUGGUGUAGUAGCAACCGGUAUGAAGGCCCGCAUCAUGGGUCCCAACUACGUCCCUGGCAAGAGGGAAGAUUUGUACGAAAAAGCCAUCCAACGUACAAUCCUCAUGAUGGGUCGUUAUGUCGAGGCCAUCGAAGACGUACCUUCCGGUAACAUCUGCGGAUUGGUCGGUGUCGAUCAGUUCUUGGUAAAGACCGGUACCAUCAGUACGUUCAAGGAUGCUCACAACUUGAAGGUCAUGAAGUUCAGCGUGUCCCCUGUUGUGCGUGUCGCUGUGGAACCGAAGAACCCUGCCGAUUUGCCAAAACUCGUAGAAGGUUUGAAACGUUUGACCAAAUCCGAUCCUAUGGUACAAUGUAUCAUUGAAGAGUCCGGAGAACACAUCAUUGCUGGAGCUGGUGAACUCCACUUGGAAAUCUGUCUUAAAGAUUUGGAAGAAGACCAUGCUUGUAUUCCCAUAAAAAAAUCUGACCCGGUUGUGUCUUACCGUGAAACGGUCAGCGAAGAAUCUGACCAGAUGUGCUUGUCGAAGUCGCCAAACAAACAUAACAGAUUGUUCAUGAAGGCCUGUCCCAUGCCUGAUGGUCUCGCCGAAGAUAUCGAUGACGGCAAAGUCAACCCCAGAGAUGACUUCAAGUCCCGUGCCCGUUACCUUGGAGAAAAAUACGAUUAUGACCUCACUGAAGCCCGUAAGAUCUGGUGUUUCGGCCCCGACGGAACCGGACCCAACCUCCUCGUUGAUUGUACCAAGGGAGUGCAAUACCUUAAUGAAAUCAAGGACUCUGUUGUCGCUGGAUUCCAAUGGGCCACCAAGGAAGGUGUGUUGUCUGAAGAGAAUUUGCGUUCCGUUAGGUUCAACAUUUAUGACGUCACCUUGCACGCUGAUGCUAUCCAUCGUGGUGGUGGUCAAAUCAUUCCUACAACUCGUAGGUGUUUGUAUGCUUGUCUGUUGACUGCUUCUCCUAGGUUGAUGGAACCUAUCUACAAGUGUGAAAUUAUGUGUCCUGAAGUUGCUGUCGGAGGAAUCUACGGAGUAUUGAACAGAAGACGUGGUCACGUAUUUGAAGAAUCCCAAAUCGCCGGAACCCCCAUGUUCUUGGUUAAAGCAUACCUGCCUGUCAACGAAUCAUUCGGUUUCACUGCUGAUUUGCGUUCCAACACUGGUGGCCAAGCUUUCCCUCAAUCUGUGUUCGAUCAUUGGCAGGUGUUGCCAGGUAAUCCAAUGGAAGCUGGAUCCAAGCCAUUCGGUAUUGUGCAGGAAACACGUAAACGAAAGGGUCUCAAAGAAGGACUUCCAGAUCUCGCCCAAUAUCUGGAUAAAUUGUAAACAAUGGUGGAAAUUAGGUUAUGUACAGAUUAUUUAAUGAAAGUAACCAACAGCAUGUACCGCGGUUGUAUUGCAUAGGUUAUUUUAAAAUUCCCUUUUUUACAAUGUGUAUCACCUGGCAGGGUUUCUUUUCGUCUUGACUCGAUAGAUAAUCUGUGAACUUUUAUUAAUUUGUUAUAUAUUAUAUUUUUGUUGAUACUCUGGAACAUCUUGUGUAGUUAUUGCAAUUGACAGAUCAAGUAAAAUCUAAUACAGGAAUUUACGGCUACUUUUAUUUUAUUUUUUAGUCGGGUUGCCAGCUUGGGAAAAGAGAAAAAUCAAAAUCUGUUGCACGCGACGGUGUAAUUUAUUUUUUUAAGGUACUGAUUAAUUUUAAGUAAUUUGUGUUUUUUGGAUGUAUGUACAAUAAAUAUCAAAUUUUUUAACGAA